UGUUGUUGUGGCAGUGUGUAACGUUUUGCCAAGUGGCAAAACAAUCAUCAGGUGGUAUAGUUGUGAAUGUAUAAACAAAUCAUGUAUAACGAAUCAUCAUCAUUUGAAUUAUCACCAUUAUCAUCCAGAUGUUUAUUGAAUGGUUAUCAACCAAACAAUGAUCGGUUAAAACCAUAUCAAAUACAAAAAAUUCGACGACGAUUAAAAUUAUUAGAACAUUAUUUAAAUAACUAUAGCCUAUGUCAAAUAAAAUGGUUGGAAAGGCGUACAAAUGGAUUUCGUGGCAUUGUUUUUGCAUUCAAUCAUGGCCUCAUAUCAUCUAUAUGUUUUGAUUCAGAUUAUCAAUCGAUCAUUGCUAUUGGUCAUGAUCAGAUUGUGCCUCAUAAAUUAUCAUCAAAACGUAUUUCAAGCAUUGAGAUCACCGGUAAUGCAGUGCUCAUAGCAUUUGUUGAACCAUUAAUUGCUAUGGUUGAAUUUGACAAUUUGAAUGAAUCACGUUGUAAAUUGAAAUUCAAAAAUAAUUAUCGUUUAAAACAUUUGGAACAAUUGGGUGGCCAUAAUAAUGGCCGUGGUCUGGCCAAACGUAAUAUAACCAUAUGUGAAUCUGGUCAUUUGACAUUAUUAUGGUCAAAUCGAAUGCCACAUCGGCCAAUCAUAAAAUCAUUGCCCAUCACAUCCACAGCCAAACAACAACAACAACAAAUGGAAAAAAACCUUGCUUUAUUGGCCUUGGAUGAUUUUCGGCUAAUCGAAUUCGAUCAUUCGAUUAAUGGUGAAAUUCUACAGGCAGAUUUCGUGGCAAAUGAUCGUGAUAAAUUCGGAGUAUUACAUAAACAGAAAACAUCCGUUUAUAAUCUGACUUAUUCACUGUUCGAAUUAAUCGAUUCUAAUUCGGAACAUAAAGGCGAUAAUGCUGUUACAAUUAAACUGCUGUUCGAGAUUGGUAUACCAUUGGAAAAACUUUGUUUUGGUGCUGAAUUUACUAGAUUGCAGGAUAAAAUCUUAUUACUUUGUGAUGAUGAAUCCGUUAUGUUAUUUAAUAUCGAACAGAAUGUUCUGUAUGCUUUGCAUUCGAGUAAACCAAUCUGUCAUAUGGCUACAUAUCCAUUGGAUUCAAUAUUUGUGACUUGUGAUCCGAAUGGUUCAAUAUCAUUCUAUGAUAUUGCUUUUCAGAAUAUUACACAUCGAACAUCAAUAUCAAACGAAUGUCAUCCGAAUUCGAAUAUGUCCGUCAAACGAUUACAAUUCUUAUCGUCUAACAUACUUGUCGUAUUGAUGGUGGAAAAUCGUCGUCAAGAUUCAUUUGAUACAAUUGUUCAUCCACAACAGCCAUUAUCAUCGAUUUUACGAUCAAAAGAUCCGAUAAAUUCGAAUCGACAUCACCAUAUGUCCACCACCUGUUGCUGCUGUAUGAAAUUAUAUAUUCUACCCUAUCGUUUAUCAUUCAAACACCUAAUCAAUGAAUAUCUUUUCCGAAAACAAUAUGAAGAAUCAUUAAAUGUUCUACGUACAAUCAAUUGGAAUUGUUCACAUGAACAGGCAUACCAUUGUUUACAUUUAAUAUUUCAACAUCUUAUCACUGCUGAAUUAUCAUCCGUUUCCAGUGCUGAUACUCGAGAAAUGAUCGUUAAAUAUAUUGAAUCAACAUUGGCCACAUUUCUAUUACCGAUGACACCGAUUGAUUAUAAAAUUUUCGAACAAAUUCUUCCUGAUAUUCGUCAAUUAGCCAUUCGAUUUUUCUACCAUCUCGUACGUAAUGGAUCAUUGGAAAAAGCAUAUCAAUUAGGUGUGGAACUUAAAUCCACACGUCUUUUUCUGUUGUUGGCACAAUUAUUCCGUAUGAAUGGUCAACCAGAGCUAUCGGCCAAAUCCUAUGAACAGGCUCAUAAAUUACUUGGUUAAAUUAAUCGUCAAAAAAAAAAUUUAUAUACCAUAAAACUGACACCAGAUGGCGCUAUUUCCCCUAUAAAUUCAAUCAGGUGCAAUAAAAUUGUUCGAAAAUUCAA